AUGGAGGUUUUGCGUUUUCUCUCUCUUCUUGUGGUUUUCGUCCUAGCUGUCUUCUGUUUCCCUUCCGAUGCUUCCCUUCAGCUACAUCCUCAAGCCCAAUUUCCGUCAGCGCAUGCCGAGAAGUUGAUCCACGAGCUCAAUUUGUUCCCCAAAGACCACAUCAAUAUUCAGGAACCCGAUCGUCUGUCUUCUUCGCCUUCCGAUGGUAAAAGACUUGUCGAGAAGCCGUUGAGGUUCCCCAAUUUCAUCGGCGAUGGUGUUUCCGUUGAGGACCUUGGACACCAUGCUGGUUAUUACAAGAUUGAGCACUCGCAUGCUGCGAGGAUGUUCUACUUUUUCUUUGAAUCGCGCAACAGCAAGGAUGAUCCUGUUGUUAUCUGGUUGACUGGAGGUCCGGGCUGCAGCAGUGAGCUGGCUCUCUUCUAUGAAAAUGGGCCUUUCAAAAUCACCAAGAACAUGUCUCUUGUCUGGAAUGAAUACGGCUGGGACAAGGUCUCGAAUCUUUUGUAUGUGGACCAGCCCAUUGGGACGGGCUUCAGCUACAGCACUGAUAAGCAUGACAUUCGCCAUAAUGAAAAGGGAGUCAGCGAUGAUUUAUACGACUUCUUACAGGCUUUCUUUACCGAGCAUCCGGAGCUUGCAAAGAAUGACUUCUUCAUAACUGGGGAAUCAUAUGCUGGGCACUACAUUCCUGCUUUUGCAGCUAGGGUUCACCAGGGAAACAAAGCUAAGGAAGGAAUCCACAUUAAUCUGAAGGGAUUUGCCAUUGGGAAUGGGCUUACUGAUCCAGAAAUUCAGUAUGGAGCUUACACAGAUUACGCACUUGACAUGGGUAUCAUUUCAAAAUCUGAUCAUGAUCGUAUUAAUAAGGUGCUUCCAGUGUGUGAGGCAGCAAUCAAGCUUUGUGGUACUGAUGGUACAAUAUCUUGCAUGGCCUCCUAUUUGGUUUGUAAUGGCAUAUUCUCUGCUGUCAUGUCCCGAGCUGGAAGUAUAAAUUAUUACGACAUCAGAAAGAAAUGUGAGGGUAGCCUCUGCUAUGACUUUUCGAGCAUGGAGAAACUUCUGAACCAGAAGGAUGUUAGAGAUUCUCUGGGAGUCGGGGAUAUAGAUUUUGUCUCUUGUAGCACCAGUGUGUAUCAGGCCAUGCUUGUUGACUGGAUGAGAAAUCUUGAAGUAGGCAUUCCUGGUCUUCUUGAGGACGGAGUAAAGUUACUUGUAUAUGCUGGAGAAUAUGAUCUUAUCUGCAAUUGGCUUGGUAAUUCGAGAUGGGUUCAUGCCAUGGAAUGGAGUGGUCAAAAGGAGUUUCAAGGAUCUUCCGAAGUUCCCUUUGUGGUUGAUAAUUCUGAGGCUGGGUUAUUGAAGUCGCAUGGGCCUCUGAGUUUUCUCAAGGUGCAUGAUGCUGGACACAUGGUUCCCAUGGAUCAACCAAAAGCUGCUUUGGAGAUGUUGAAGAGGUGGACCAAGAGCUCGCUUGCUGAAAAUUCUGCCGAGCCGAAGAAUUUGGUUUCUUCAAUGUGA